AUGUCGAACUCAAGCUUGACUUUCAAAGGCUAUGGUAUUCAUGAUACCAAGCAAUGGAGCGACUUCAAGGUUGUCGACACCAAACCUAAGCAGUGGGAUGAAGAGAUAUCGAUAUUGCUAUCUCUCACUGCGGGAUUGCCUCUUGUUGCUGGACAUGAGAUUGUCGGAACUGUCGUCCGUGUUGGUUCAGCAGCAGCUGAAAAGACUGGCAUCAAGAUUGGCGAUACUGUUGGCGUGGGAGCACGCAUUGGCAGUUGCGGACAGUGCCGUGCCUGUAAAACCGACAAUGAGAAUUAUUGCCCCAAGGGUCUUGAUACCUACAACUCAUUCUACCCCGAUGGUACUUUGAGCCAAGGCGGGUAUGGCACUGCCAUUCGUGCCAACCAUAACUUUGUAUUCCCAGUCCCCAAGGGACUCAAGCCUGAAUAUGCUGCCAGCAUGAUGUGUGCUGGCUUGACUAUGUAUUCUCCCUUGGUCCGUAAUGGUGCCGGUCCAGGAAAGAAGGUCGGAAUUAUUGGGUUGGGCGGACUGGGUCAUUUCGGGGUCCUGUUCGCAAAGGCGUUGGGCGCAGAAGUCUAUGUAUUCUCCCACAGUUCUCGCAAGGAGCAGGAUGCAAAGGCGCUCGGAGCUGACCACUUUGUCGUCACUUCUGAGAAGGAGAACAUGAAGCCACUCCGUGGUACCCUCGACCUUAUCGUUUCAACUAUUGAUGUUGCGGAUCCUUUCCCUCUGAGGGAUUAUCUCAAGCUGCUCUUCGUCAAUGGAACAUUCGUGAACGUGGGCAUUCCUGAUGCAAAGCUACCCCAACUUGCGCCCAUCGACAUCGUUGCAAAUGGCUGUCACCUGGCUGGUUCACUAGUCGGGUCAAAGAAGGAGGCCACCGAGAUGCUCGAGCUCGCUGCUGAGAAGAACAUUCGUCCUUGGAUUGAGAUUUUCCCGAUGAGCCAGAUCAAGGAUGCCGUCGAGGGUAUGAAGGCUGGCAAGCCCAAGUUCCGUUAUGUCUUAAAACAAGACCUUGAGUGA